GGUAGUGCGUACUACACCACUGCCGUGUGAAGCGAGCAAGAAGAAAAUGUCUUUUAGUUUUAGGUUUUAUACUGGCCUGCUCUGUCUCUAGACUCUGCGGCAUCCUGACGCCCUCUGUGAAACUCUCGCCAGCAGCAGCCGCUCAACUCCAUCACUUGCAGAAGCUGCUGUCGGUCCGUUAGCGUGCACCUACUCUCAGUCUCUCCCGCUGGACGGAGCACAUCAUCACGUCGAAACGGUGGCAACCCUGUCCCAUACUAAUUUUCUAGGGAGUAGAUCUACGACAGCGCAUCUCAAACAAUGUCCAGACUCGCCGGACUUUCAUCUGGCGAAGUGGCCGCUGCGCGAAACAGACGUUCUGUAAAGUUUGAGGCCGCAGCGGAGUUGGACUCUGGUAAUCACAACCUUGGUCAAGGCGACAGUCCCGCUACCGACCCUACAGCGCUCAGGCAACGUGACUCGGUAGCAACAUCAGGCCAACAGGCUGCUGCUCGUCCAACUCCUGCAGCACCAGCAGUAGGAAGAGGAGGUGGCGGUGGAGAAGGAGCAGGAGGACGGCAGCCACUGGACUUGGCACUGAAGCACCGAGCGGGCUUGCUGCACCGGCCGCCGCCAAUGCACUUGCAAUCGUCGUACCAGCACGACUAUGGGCAGAAGAAGGCACCCGUUGGCGCGGCCCCAGCAAAAGCACCAAUACUGGAGGCAACUCGCACUCUGAUGCGAGACGGACAGGGCCAGGCUAGCAGUGCUCCCAGUGGAGCAGCUCUCCAGCCAUUCCAGGCAGCGACCGAAUACCAGCGAAACUAUCAGCGCUGGGCACAGCCAGCUGCACCACCGCCCGUCAGUCGCAGUGACCUCCCCACCCGCAGAGAGGGCAACUUCCUUCUGGAGGAUAUAUCGAGCGACGAGGAAGAGGACGAACGGCAUCAACACCAGCAAGAAAGCCACCCUACACAAUUGAAGUAUGCAAAGCUGGACCUUCCAGCACAACAAGCACGUGUGCCAGUUCAACCUGCGGCUGGGAUGCCUUCAUCAGGUCCUGCCGGCAAACAGGUCACCACAACUGCCGUCCCAGCACAAGCAGCCAAAGCCCCGUAUGCACAGCUUGCAGUACCUGUGAUGCAUGCACCACACCAGCAGCAGCAGCAGCCUCUGCCGCAAUUUGCCCAACCUCAGUGUACCGAGGAAGAGCAGCGCUUGGCAAACCUGGAACGAGGAAGGCGCUUCAGGACGGAGUAUCAGCGCACAUUCUGUGAGCCCGCAGAGAAGCACCUGCGCUCUGCUCAAACAGUUCCGGCACCAGCCGCUACCGAGCUUUUGCCUGCAUGGUAUGACCAGGUUUUGGACUUGCGCCAGAAGGCUAGAAAGUACCGCUCUCGCUCUCUGGGCACGUUCUUCUCCCGGUCAUACUUUGACGAGCUCGAGGGUGCGCUGGCAAACUGGGAGACUGACAGCAGCGCAUCAAGCAGUCGGCUGCCUGAUGGAAAUGGUCAGGCCACUGGUGUGCCGUCGUCCUCGGAAGCAGCAGCAGCAGCAGUGCCGUCGUCAUUAUCAUCUCAUCCAGUAAAGGCACAGGCAGCUGCUGCCAGCUCUGCAGCAGCACCUGGACCUGUGCAGCAAGCGUUUGCCAGCAAUCCUCCCACCACUGGUGGCCAGGUGGCGCCAUCUCAGCACGGUCUUGUUGCGCCAGGAGUGCGCCAUGUUCCAGCACCGUACAGCCCUAGUUCUGCAUCAGUCAGUAGCGCAUCUACCAUAUCCUCUUCCUCCUCGUCAUCUGCAAUUGAUCAGCUGCUGCAACAUGUGAAACCAGUUAAUCAUCCGCACAAGGGAGGAGCCGGCGAGGGAAGGGUAUCAACGCCAAACCUACCACCGGAUCGUCCUCGUCAUCAUUUGGACCGAACAACACCUGGCCAUCCAGCCGGUCUACUCCUCGAGUCGCCGGAACGCCCGCAACCCCACCGUGCCGCCCAUUGCCGACCAGUUACCGAGCCAACGGUCAGGGCCAACCCGAAGGCAAAGACGGCCAUGCCACCAACAACGACAUUUGUUGCUCCUGGAGCGGCGGCGGCAGCGGGUAGACCAAAGACCGCAGCUGCAACUGGCAGGCCGUAUUCCCAGCCUCCGCUUGACAGGAGCAAGAAAUCCUCUAAGUCUGCAAGGUGUACAUGUGGUGGUGCUGAGAUUGGCCCCGGGCCCUACAACCAGCGUCAUGUGCAACCGCAAAAGCAGCAGCAGCAGCCCAAACACCAGCAUGCACCUGUGCUGCAACGACAUCAUGUACCGGGAAAGGUACCCAGUCAGGGUGGAGUGGCUCAGGAUGGUCACCCCCGCGCGGGUGCCCGCCCCCGGACGGCAAUGCCCGCGACCCUGGCUCGCUCGCGUGCCCCUCUCUGUGACUCUCUGUCAUCCCUCUCCAGCCAGAGCAGCGCAACUGCUCAGGUGCUGCAACGUGCCAAGCAACGCCAUGACACGUUCUGGACUCGUCAAGCCCCGCCGGCCACUACUACUGUCGCGGCUCAUUGAGCUAGCAGUUCGUAAUGCCGCGUGCGUCCCCCUGUGAUGUCUGGUACAGGGUCAGUGCUGCAUACUGCCACAUGAUCAGCUACCCAGCGGUGCACUAUUAUGCCAUCAUACGUCCUGGCAGCUGCAUGCUUGAUUCGCCGUUAUUAGACAGCCAACUCACUAUGACAAUGACGAGAAGGGUUUCGAGUCGACGCAGGUAUCAGCAUUCAGGGGCUUGGCCUGCGCAAUACUUGACUUAGGACGCUUUCCGUAGAACAUGCGGCCGUAGGGUACUUUCUCUGAAACAUAGUCUACCUGGCAUUCAUCUACUGAGUAGCCGGGACUAACGCUCACUCAUGCAUUCGUGCAAGAGAAUAGUUCCAGUGUCAGCCUCGCGCUUUGAUUAUACCUGCCUAGCUCAUGCAGAGGGGGGAAAUUAGUGAAUCGUCAAUGCCGGACAUGUCCCAUUGCUCUUGAUCGGCUACUACUAGUAUUCUUUGUUAUCUCUUUCAAUUUUUUCUCUCCACUGGUUUCGUCUGGACAGGAGUGGUAAUUUGCUGUUGAAAUUUCUAUCUUUUAUUUUUGCUAUUUGUAUCACAAUAACGUAUCAGAUUAUUCAGUUUUACUGCCGCAAAGUGUGUUGACGUUUCGCUAACAGUGCACCUCAUGAGAGCACUCGCUGUGCCAUAUGACUCGUAACUCCUAUGACUUAUUGAGUAUGUAUUCUAGUUACACUGUUAGUUUUUCUUUACAACUUUUAAAUUACUCAAACAAGUACUGA